UGAACCUUCGUUCUCUUCCCUAUUAUCCACUCGUACGUCUAAUUUCACUAUAUAUACCUUCGUCUUUCACUCUUUCUUUACCAUAUAUUCCACUUUUAAUUACUUCAUUCCUUUUAUAUCUUCAAUUAUGGGGAUGCAUGACCAACUUCUUGUCCUCAAAGUUGUCGUGGCCGUUGCGCUCAUGGUGAGCGCUACGGCCUAUGCAGCGGGUAACUUCAAUACUGAAUUUGAAUCCACAUUCGGUGGUCCAAGAGUUCGAGUUUCUGGUCCUGGUGGCCAGCAACUUGCGCUUACCCUAGACAGGGGUUCGGGUUCUGGCUUCAAAUCUAAGAGGGAAUAUCUAUUUGGAAGGAUUGAUAUGCAGAUGAAAUUUGUUGCGGGUAACUCGGCUGGUACCGUCACCACCUUCUAUUUAUCAUCCGAUCAAAGCACCGGAAGACACGACGAGAUCGAUUUCGAGUUCUUGGGGAACGUGUCCGGCCAACCUUACACCAUCCACACUAAUGUGUUCAGCCAAGGGCAAGGCAACAGGGAGCAACAAUUCCACCUUUGGUUCGACCCAUCACAAAACUUCCACACCUAUUCAAUUGUUUGGAACCCAAAACUUAUCAUGUUCUUGGUGGAUGAAACACCGUUAAGAGUAUUCAGAAACUACGAGAACAAAGGAAUAACAUUUUUCCCAAAAGUGCAACCACAAAGAAUAUUUGCUAGCCUUUGGAAUGCUGAUGACUGGGCUACUCAAGGUGGUAGAGUAAAGACAGAUUGGUCGAAGGCACCUUUCACGGCCUAUUAUCGUAAUUUCAACAUCGAUAACUCGAUCAAUGGGAAGUGGAAGACACAUGAUCUUAAUCCUUACAGCAGGAUGAGAUUGAGGUGGGUUCAGAAGAACUACAUGAUUUAUAACUAUUGUACCGAUUGGAAACGAUUCUCUCAAGCUUUCCCUCCGGAGUGUAAGCACGCCAUUGAGUAAGAGUAUUAUAAUUUGUUUGCACACAAGGAUGGAUGCAUGGUCGUAUACAAUUAUUUGUUAUUCUCUAUAAAUAUUGAUAUUGUACGAAUGGAAGCUAAGCUAAUUAAGCUAAAGUCACGUUUGUUUAAUUUAAUUCUUGCAAAUUCAAGUCAAUUAUGGAAAACAUUGUGUAAUAGAUAUUAAAUGAAUACGUUUGCUAUGUUUGUAUAUCAAUCAAAUAUUAUACACUAAGGUCUAGUGUGUUGUUUUUCAA